AAUAUAGUCCCGUUAAAAAUAAUGUUGUAAAUGUAGUCGUAUUUAUUUUGUGCGGUAUUUAUUAGUGUGAUCGGAUCAUUGUUUAAUUACAAGAUCUAUUGAGACAUCAAUAUGCCAUCUACGCAUUUAAACCUGCGGGAGGACGACGUGGUUCGGCUCGCGCUGGAGUUCCUUCACAACCGCGACCUGCACAUCACCCAGCUAUCGCUGGAGCGCGAGACCGGCGUCAUCAACGGCAACUACGCCGACGACGUCCUGUUUCUCAGACAACUCAUCCUCGACGGACAAUGGGAUGACGUCACGGAGUUCAUUCAACCCCUCAGCGCCCUCAAAGCGUUCGAGGCCGACAAAUUCAACUACGCCAUCCUCCGACACAAGUACAUCGAACUCCUCUGCAUCAGAUCCGAAAUAAAAGCAUACAACAACGUCGAAAAUAUAGUCGACGAGGUCGUCAAAGUGCUCAGCGAGCUAGAGAAAUUAGCGCCUUCCAAGGAGGAGUACUCCAACCUGUGUCUACUCCUCACGCUACCUAGCAUAACCGAUCACGCACAAUUUAAACAAUGGAAUCCGAGCAAUGCUCGAGUUCAGUGCUUUCGCGAGGUUUAUCCGCUCGUCGAGCAGUUUUUGCCGUGCGAUAAAAAGUCGUCGGCUAGCGGCGCGGUGCUCAAGUGUGCUAAAAACGAUAGACUAAUGCAGCUGCUCAUUAAGGGGAUACUAUACGAGUCCUGCGUGAAUUACUGUCAGGCGAAAGCGACGGGAUCGAAGGAGGCCCAGUCGAACGAAGUCAACUUCUCUCGUCUUCUCGACGGCUCAGGGUUCGACGAGUCGGAUCUGAGUUUACUCUCCUGGCUGCAGUCAAUCCCGGCGGAGACUUUCAGCGUUCCAUUCGAGCAGAGAAUGUUGAACGUGGACGUGGAGAAAUUGGAGCGUCCUUCUCUACACACGUCUUGGACGGAGCAUAUGCUUGUGACGCCCAUCAAACCGAGGACAUUCCCACAUCUGGCGAUGCCAUUCAGAAGGCCGAGGUCCGCUGCCGAUGCCAUGACGCGGUCCCUUCGGCCCUUACCCGAUGGGGCGCCUCGACAUCCGGCAGUCAUGGCUCUAUCGGCCAUCGACUAUGGACCCUCAUCGUCCUACUUCGCUGGGUUCCACCUAACAGGCAUUAAGGGGAACAAACUCAUGAACACAUCUGUAGACAGAUUAUUCGAUACUAAAAACGGGGAUAGUAUAUACAACGGCCUCAACGAUACGCUGAAACCGAUCGACGAGCAACUCAAACCGAUUGGAGAAUACUCGGCUGGUACGAAGACGAAUGAGUCGAGUAGCAUAGGAGCGUCAAACGCGACCACUCCUGAGCACAGAGCACACGAUUACUCCGCUUCUACCUCGAUAUCGGCUGCCGUAUCAGUGGACCGACCAGCGCUGCCAGUGAAGCAAAUAGAAAUGCCUGGAGUUGAUGGAGACUUCAGACGGGAACUACUCAAAGAGUAUCAGAUACAGAAGCAAAGGGAAUGCGACGAUUAUCUUCGGAAUCUCUGCUCCUCAGAAAUAAGGCCACAUAAGCAGGUAGAAGCGGGAGAUACAGCGUCAGGCUUAUCGCCGGGAGUGAAGUUCAAUCAACAGCCUGAACCCAAUCAGAAGACGAACGACCAGUCACAGUUCUUUAGGAAGACUGACAUAACGGAGUCUAUCGAGAUACCUGAUUCUGCUGUCUCACAGACCAGAAACGGCAGCCAUCAGAAUGUGUCAGCCGUGGCGGAGGUCAACGGUCAACGACCAACUUUUAAGCCGGUCACGGUGCUGGAAGACCUGCAGGCGGUCAGAUGUGCCGAGUUCCACCCCAACGGCAAGCUGUACGCUGUUGGAUCCAACACGAAAACCCUUAGGAUAUGUACAUACCCGAAGAUAGAUGAUCUCAAAGACAACAGUGCACCAACAGCGCCAACAGUACUCCUCAAGAGGACGAAGCACCACAAAGGCAGCAUAUACUGUCUCGCGUGGAGUCCAGCUGGUGAUCUACUCGCGACCGGCUCCAAUGACAAGACGGUGAAGCUGAUGAGGUUCAACAGUCACACGUGUAACCUGGAGGGACAGGAGGUGGAGCUAUCCAUGCACGACGGUACGGUGAGAGACGUGUGCUUCAUUGAGGACACGUCCAACAACACGAGUCUGCUCGUCAGCGGCGGCGCGGGAGACUGCAAGAUCUACGUCACAGACUGCGCCACGGGGAAGCCCUUCCAGGCUCUCAGCGGCCACUCGGGUCACGUGUUAUCUCUCUACAACUGGGGCGGCGCCAUGUUCGUCUCCGGCAGCCAGGAUAGGAGUGUCCGAUUUUGGGACCUGCGCACCGGUGGCUGCGUGAAUGUCAUCUCGCCGCCAGCCGGACAGGUGAACAAGGGCGGUGGCGUCGCAUCGGUCGCGGUAGACCCGUCAGGACGUCUGCUGGUGAGCGCGCACGAGGACGGCGCGUGUUCGCUGCACGACGUGCGAGGCGCGCGCGCGUUGCAGCGCUUUACGCCGCACUCGGCCGACGCGCGCUCCGUACGGUUCUCGCCUGGCGCCUACUAUCUGCUGACUGCGGGCUACGAUGGCAGAGUUGUGUUGACUGAUUUACAGGGCGACCUAACCUGCGCGCUUCCCAGCGUGCCGGUAGCGCGGCAUCCCGACAAAGUGAUAUCCGCAAGGUGGCACCCCGACGAUUUCUCAUUCCUGUCCACAUCCGCCGACAAAACGGCCGUGCUAUGGACGAUACCGCCCGUGUAACCAGUGAGUCGAUUACACGGUCAGUCUGGCAUCAUUCAUCCAUGUCACACUGACACCAGAAUGAUGACCGGAAAGUACUAAAAAUGAUCAAUCCGCCAAUCGGUUACACGACCAUCCUUUCGUCAGUCGGAUCUGAUGGACUGAACUGAUGCCAGACUGAUAUGACUGUGUAACCUUAGACAGAGACGUUAAACCCGCUACAGACGCUGCACGGUUCGGACACAGUUGGCAUUGAACGCGAGUUAGGUUUUCUUUGAACUUGGUGUAGCCUUGUGUUUUAGGUACAGUACUAUUUUGAUAAAAAGUCUAGACGUUUUUUUUACAUUUAAAUAUCCGGAAUUUACAAGUG